CUCCUCCUUUUGCUUCCCAGAAAGUGCAUUUCCGCCCGGCCAGGGGAGGAGAGGAGGCUGCCAGAGGCAGGGAGCGCAGCCGCCACGGGCUCUGCCCUGUGCCCAAGGGCUGGCAGCGCGGCACGGGGGCGAUGCUCUAGAGCAGGAAAGGCAGCGCCAGGAGAGAGCAGCCCCAGAGGUGCUGCUGCUCCAAGUUGCUGCUCCUGGGUGUCGAUGGGAGGCAGAGCAGGGCUGAACAGGAGCAGGCGCUUGGCUCUGGGCUUGGACGUUCAGCCCACGACCACCGCUCAGCUCCACCCCUGGUGCCCCCAGGGCCCCAGACCCCAGCUUGCUGGAGGGCCCCAGAGCCCCUCACCGCCCCAAACACGGGUCUCCCCAGACGCUCACUGGAGCAUCGCUGAGGCAACACGGGCCCAGGGUGCUGCUGCAGCAUGAAGGGGCUCAGGGUGCUCGGUGUCCUGCUGCUCUCCUGCCUGCCGCCGCCCUCUCCUGCGGGCGGCCAGACCGGCACCAGUCCCAGUCCCAGUCCCAGCCCUGACUGGCGUUUGAUGGACCCCGAGGAGGCUCCGUCCCAGCACCACGCUGCCAGGCCCACCCGGGAGCAGAAGGCUGGCGGUACCCAGGAGGGGCUGCCCCCGCGGCCCCGCUGCGUUCGCUGCUGUGAGCCGCCUGACCAUCGCUUCUCCUACCCCCAGUACCAGCCCCAGAUCAACAUGACCAUCCUGAAAGGUGAGAAGGGAGACCGAGGCGAGCGAGGCAUGCAGGGGAAGUACGGCAAGAUGGGGGUUGCCGGCAGCAGGGGCCACACAGGGCCCAAGGGACAGAAGGGCAGCGUGGGUGCCCCAGGGGAGCGCUGCAAGAGCCACUACGCUGCCUUCUCGGUGGGCCGCAAGAAACCCCUGCACAGCAACGACUACUACCAGACCCUGAUCUUCGACACGGAGUUUGUUAACCUCUACGACCACUUCAACAUGUUCACGGGCAAGUUUUACUGCUACGUCCCUGGGAUCUACUACUUCAGCCUGAACGUGCACACCUGGAACCAGAAGGAGACCUACCUGCACAUCAUGCGCAACGGGGUGGAGGUGGUGAUCCUCUAUGCCCAGGUGAGCGACCGCAGCAUCAUGCAGAGCCAGAGCGUCAUGCUGGAGCUGCAGGAGCAGGAUGAGGUCUGGGUGCGGCUCUACAAGGGCGAGCGCGAGAACGCAGUUUUCAGCGACGAAUACGACACUUACAUCACCUUCAGCGGCCACCUCAUCAAGUACAGCGGAGACCCCUGAGCGCCUGCUGCGCCCUGCUCCUCCUCCCCUGGGGCGCGGGGAGCCCCGCAGCCCCCCCGCCCCAGGCGUGCCACUCUCCAUUAAGCUGUUAGCCCUUCUACAUGCCACUACCCCAGCAGCUGCGUGAAUACCCCCCGCUCCUUGAGAGGCCGAGCGGAUGCACCCAGAGGAGACAGAGGCGUUUCCAGCCUCUGCUGCAUGUGUGACCUGGGAGGUGGCUGCUUGCCUGGGGUGGGCAGGGACCUCAGCCCCUCCUGUGCCUGGUUCAGAGCUGGGUUUGCUGGGACACAGAUUCAUGUGGCACUGGCUGUGAGCUGGCACCAGCUGAAAGGGUUUGACCACCAGUGCUGUGGCGUGAAGGCACCUCCGUCGCCCAGCUCUCACUGACGUGCUCUACAGGCUCUUGUUCCUAGAAAAGGGCAGUGGGUUCUCGGUGCCCAACAGGAAAGAUAAGGGGGGAACAACGAUAAAGGCACUAACGGUCACUCUCCUUCCGCAGAACUGGGCCCCAGCGAGGGGGGCACUGCAGCGCAGCACUGGGGUGUCCCUGGGCUGGCAGUUCCCCUGCGUGCACCCAGCAGGAAGCAGGUUCCAGCAGUUCCCCCUUGCUGGUUCCCUCGUUGUCCCCCAUGUUGCAGCCUCUUCUCGAUGCCAACACUCGCUGAGGAGGGGGCUGGCUCCCAGCUGGCAGCCCCGGGUGCAGGGCCUUCAGCCUCAGCUGCAUCCUCUUCGGUUAGACUAUCUGCUGGCCAGGCUUUUUAUUUUUAUAGAUGCAAUAGCAGAGCAGGGCCUGGGGCAGCACGCUGCCCCCCACUCCCUGUACAGCUUGUGGUCACAUUAAACACCCCACGGGUCAGGUCCCUGCUCA